CACAGGUGACUGGAUGGUGAGUGAGAAUGAGGAGGAGAAACCCCAACAGGAAGAUGCUGAGAAAGUAGAACCACAUAGGAUGUUAUCAGGAAGAUCCAAAGGGAAUGUUUCUGGGAGUUGUGCACUCCCAGAAAAAGCCAAAGCCUGUGAGACUCUGCACAGGCCAGAGGAGAACUUCAGUAGCCACUCAGACCUUAUUCCCCGUGAGAGAAUCAACUUGGAAGACACACAGUACACAUGCCAUGAGUGUGGGAAAAGCUUCAAUCGGAGCUCAAACCUUAUUAGACAUCAGAAAAUCCACACUGGAGACCUGCCCUACAUGCCUAUGGGUCCCAAGCUGGCUGCGUCACUAUACAAGAAGCACUUCCAUGCUGGGCAAACAACGGUAGCCAAUGAGGGAAUGUAUCAGAUUCCAAGUUCAGACUGCAGGGUACAUGAAUGCUGAGACCCGAGGCUGUGGUUUAGUCCAGGCCUGCAUAACUCGUAAAGUGGCAAGGGCAAUAUUACUCCAAAGAAACCAGCUGAGGGCUGAAAUCCCACAGAACCCCCCCAGCACUGCCCAGCCCCUCCGAAACACAACCCCCCCAACACCACCCACCUUGCAAAAACAUCUUCGCCAGCGCCACCCAGGCCCCCCGAAAAAAUCCCCCCCAAGUGCCGCCUGCCUCGUGGAAACAAACCCUCCUUCCCCAGCACCGCCCUGCCAAAACAGGGGUAAUGAACCUUGCUAAUAUGUUAUAGGGGGCCCCUAAGGUAGUGUAAUUAAGGUAAAAGAAAAAUUCUCUUUGCUAGAAGAAGAAUAAGAUCUUCCCCCCACUUGGUGAUCAGUUGCCCUGUUGACUGAAUGAGGGGUGACUGAGGAAGGCAUGGAAGGCAGCACCUCCAGGCAGCUGCAACUCUUGGCGCGGGGCUGGGAG